AUGUCGCAGACGUGCUCUAUGGGGGAAAGUUCAGGGCUCAUUGCUGGCCAUGGCAUUCUGUUCUUCAGAAAAGAUCUUGGCGAUUUCUUUGUUGGUGUAUUUUAUCUGUUUGAAAUGGCAGUACCAUUCAUUGCUGCCCGAUUUAUCUUAGUUCAGCUGAAACUGAAGGACACAUUGUGGUAUGUGCUGACCAGUCUUCUGAUGAUCUUUGCAUUCGCCGUCAGCCGUGUUCUGAUAUUUCCCUACCUCUACUGGACAUACGCAAAUCACGCAAAUAUCUCCAUCUUGUCUGUACCAAGCACUAUCCCCAUCAAGUGCAGUCUCGGCUGUAGUUUCGUUCUACUAUUUCAAUUCUAUUGGCUAUUUUUGAUGGUCAGGGGUGCAUUCAGAGCAUUUUACAAAAUGUACCAUAGACACCGGCAGUCACAGUGAAGUAAGAACACAUCUAACAUGUACCAUAGACACCGGCAGUCACAGUGAAGUAAGAACACAUCUAACAUGUACCAUAGACACCGGGUCACAGUGGAGUAAGAACACAUCUAACAUGUACCAUAGACACCGGCAGUCACAGUGAAGUAAGAACACAUCUAACAUGUACCAUAGACACCGGCAGUCACAGUGAAGUAAGAACACAUCUAACAUGUACCAUAGACACCGGCAGUCACAGUGAAGUAAGAACACAUCUAACAUGUACCAUAGACACCGGCAGUGACAGUGAAGUAAGAACACAUCUAACAUGUACCAUAGACACCGGGUCACAGUGGAGUAAGAACACAUCUAACAUGUACCAUAGACACCGGCAGUCACAGUGAAGUAAGAACACAUCUAACAUGUACCAUAGACACCGGCAGUCACAGUGAAGUAAGAACACAUCUAACAUGUACCAUAGACACCGGCAGUGACAGUGGAGUAAGAAGACAUCUAACAUGUACCAUAGACACCGGCAGUCACAGUGGAGUAAGAACACAUCUAACAUGUACCAUAGACACCGGCAGUCACAGUGGAGUAGGAACACAUCUAACAUGUACCAUAGACACCGGGUCACAGUGGAGUAAGAACACAUCUAACAUGCCUGAUAAGCCUAAUUGUACCAUAGACACCGGCAGUCACAGUGAAGUAAGAACACAUCUAACAUGUACCAUAGACACCGGCAGUGACAGUGAAGUAAGAACACAUCUAACAUGUACCAUAGACACCGGCAGUGACAGUGAAGUAAGAACACAUCUAACAUGUACCAUAGACACCGGCAGUGACAGUGAAGUAAGAACACAUCUAACAUGUACCAUAGA